AUGAGAAUACGCGCACUCGGCUCAAUCACACCACAUCGCACCUCACCACAACUACGGGCAGUAUGUGACACAGUUAUGGGUGAUGAUGGAGUGGGACUGUACGUACCGAAGGAGUUGGUGCCCAUCUACAAGAAUGAAGUCAUCCCAGUGGCAGACAUCCUCACACCCAACGCCUACGAAGCGGGGCAGCUCACAGGCAUAGACAUACACACAAAGGAGGAUGCGGUCAAGGCACUGGCUGAGUUACACUCAAUCUCCGGUAUGUCUGUGUCAGCACACGCAUGGCUGCGGCCAGGGGCCAAGACCGUCGUGAUUACCAGCGCAGUGUUGGAUGAGGAUAGGGACCACAUCUACCUCUUCGCCAGUAAUAAAGCGGACAGUCAACAGUUCUACGUGCCCAUCCCCUUGCUAAAGGUGCGUACGCAGUAG